AUGCUGCAGACCAACAACUACUCCCUGGUGCUGCUGAUCCAGCUGAGCCUGUUGACCUUUGACCUGUUCGUCAACUCCUUCAGCGAGCUGCUGAGGGCAGCGCCCGUCGUCCAGCUGGUGCUCUUCAUUAUCCAGGACAUAGCCAUCCUGUUUAACCUGAUCAUCAUUCUGCUGAUGCUGUUCAACACCUACGUGUUCCAGGUGGGCCUGGUGUCCUUGCUGCUGGAGCGCUUCAGGGCCCUGCUGCUGUUCUCUGCCCUCUACCUGACCCUCAGCAUCUCCCUACACUCAUGGAUCAUGAAUCUACGCUGGCUAAAAUCAAACCGCUAUGUGUGGACUGAUGGUCUCCAAGUGCUUUUUGUCUUCCAAAGAAUAGCGUCCGUGUUGUACUACUACUUCUACAAGCGCACCACAGAGUACCUGGGUGACCCUCGGCUCUAUGAAGACUCGCCUUGGCUCAGAGACGCCUUUGCCAAUGCCAGGGCCCGCCAGUGAGCAAAGAGCAAUGUGUGGAGAUUAAACUGGAAUGGACAGAUCCAAAAUUGACCCCUCCAUUUCCCCCGGAUACAGAGAGACACUGCUACGUGCAGAGCUGAAAUAGACGCUACAGUGCACAGGCAUGGGCUUAUAUGGAGGGAAGACAUGGGUAAACUUUAACAAGAAGGGUGAAAAAUGAGAUUCUGCUUGGAUACAGCAAGUCACUUUGCAGGGCAAGCCAGAUGUACUGUAAGAGGCAAACUGGUUUAGGGCCUUGAUUAAUGGACAGAAUGUUAUACCAAGAUGACUGUGAUGCUAAAAUUUGAGAACUCAUAGUUUGAUGUGACAUUGACAACAAGUUGUAUAUUUUUUUUUUCACACUGUGUAACCCUGUGACUGCGUUUGUCUGUGUCAUUUAGCUAUCAAUUUAAUUAUUAUCUUUGUUGUUUUGUAGGUUGAUUUGAGAGUUUGUGUGCCAGAUUUUUUGUGUGAAGAUGACUGGAAAGAUAAACAAUGUUUUAUGUGUUUAAAAUGCUUACUUUUUUCCUGCAUUUUGUACAAAUGUAUUAAACAAAACCCAGACAGUGCAUACACUGUUA